GUUAUUUAGGUAUAGCAACUUGUCUUAGCAAACAACAAGUGUUUACGCCGUUCAAUCGUUGACUGCACGACCGCGAUAACACAAAUGGCAAACCAGAGCAAGAUGCUUCCUCCCUACGCCGAGCGAAAGCUGAGAGCUCUUCAGCGAUUUGCUCUGUCGAAUGCGGCGCUUUCCGAGGUGCCGGCGACCCUGCGCCUCGACGUCUCCAUCAUGCGGGCGGUGCUGGAGCGGUCAAAGGCGCGCAUAGUGGCUCGGUACCGCACUGCGCUGCGCGCUGUGAAGGAGCCGCAGGAGCUCGCGUCCUGCGAGGCCUGCGUCACAUCGUCAACACUGGGCAUGCCUGGCAUCUCUGGCAUGACCGCCCCAGGCGCGUCAACGCCAUCGGACUGCGGCUCUGGCGCCUCCUCGCCCGCCGCGCUCUCGCGGAGCAACACCAGCAACUCGCUCAAGGCAGGCAGCAUGGGGGGCGCCAGUGUUGACGAGCAGACACUUGCGGCCGAGGCCAACGAGGCCGCCGUCAACGAGACUACCGCAUGCUGCCCGGAGCCCACCACCGAGGCGAUUGAGGCCGCCGUCAUCGUUGAGACCACCGCCGCAUGCUGCCCCGAGCCCGCCGCCGAGGCGAUUGAGGCCGCCGUCAUCGUUGAGACCACCGCCGCAUGCUGCCCCGAGCCCGCCGCCGAGGUGACUGAGGCCGCCGCCAUCGAGACCACCGCCGCAUGCUGCCCCGCGCCCGCCGCCGAGGCCAUUGAGGCCGUCGUCAACAUGACCACCGCCGCAUGCUGCCCCGAGCCCGCCGCCGAGGUGACUGAGGCCGCCGUCAUCGAGACCACCGCCGCAUGCUGCCCCGCGCCCGCCGCCGAGGCCAUUGAGGCCGUCGUCAACAUGACCACCACCGCAUGCUGCCCCGAGCCCGCCGCCGAGGUGACUGAGGCCGCCGUCAUCGAGACCACCGCCACAUGCUGCCCCGCGCCCGCCGCCGAGGCCAUUGAGGCCGCCGUCAUCGAGACCAUCGCAUGCUGCCCCGAGCCCGCCGCCGAGGCCAUUGAGACCGUCAUCGAGACCACCGCCGCAUGCUGCCCUGAGCCCGCCGCCGAGGUGACUGGGGCCGCCGUCAUCGAGACCACCGCCGCAUGCUGCCCCGAGCCCGCCGCCGAGGCGAUUGAGGCCAUCAACGAGCCCGCUGCCGCCGAGACCAAGACGGAAAUCGCCUCGGCCCUCAGCAAGGAGGCUGUGCCCGCACCGGCACCAGUGGCCGAGCCCACCUCUGGCCCAGCCGUGUACAUCACCAGCGCCGUCGAGGGGCCCUGUCCCGCAUCCGCGCCCGCAACCCCCCGCCCGCCCGUGCCGCGAAGCCAUCUGACCGCCGCCUUCCAGGCCCUGGCGGCGAUAGCUGCCGCCACACGCCCCGAGUCGGCCGCCCUGCCGGUCCGCCCUUACAACCCCACUGCUGAGGCGCCUGGCUUUAACAUCAAGCACACGGUACUGAAUUACCAGUGGCACCGCUGCGAGGCGCCGGGCGCCCCCAUCCAGCUGGUCGGGGGCUGCCAUUACGCCGCCAGCGGCAGCACCAUCGUGCGCCAGCAGUUGGAGUCCCUCCGCGCUGACCACCCGAGCAGCAAGGGCAUGCCGGCGCCGCAGCGGCAGCAGCAGGGACAGGACCAGCAGGAGGCUACUGGUGUCAAGGUGGGCGCCGUUGAGAAGGCGUCGCACAUGGAGACUGUGCCCAAGUGGCGGCACUAGCUAGCCUAGCUACGAUACCCUGCAGCUAGGGAGGCAACAUGCAGUGAGACACGCCUGGAAACGUAGUUCGGGCCAGCGAGCAGCGGCACGCAAAAGUGCCAGUAGAGUGGCAGAGCAGGUAUACAGCUGUGUGGAUUCGGACCAACGAGGUCCCACGACAUUGAUUGAUCGUAUGAUAGCGGGUGCGUGGUUGAACCCAAUGACAAGUGUGCCACCUUACUUGUCAUGUAGCAGCACGAACGGGUAUGUACUGGCACACCCGGAAUCUUAGUCUUAGACUCUUAGCGCCUUAGCUAGCGCGGUAGGUUGGCCGUGUGAUACGACCGGUACGAAUGUGGGACACUAGCAGGAAGGCGCCGGAUGUCUCUGAGGGGUCCACCCCGCCUGCUGUGCGUGGAUAGACAGCCAUGAUAGUAGGCUGCCCAGCUUCGACACUCAUCUAGCUUGCAACUAGCAAGGCCAUGCAUAUGGCAGGUGUCCGUGGCGCGUCAUUGAGACUGACCGAGCGAUUGCCGUUUUGCCGGAUUGCGCUGUUUCAUAGCAGGGGUUUCACGCCCCAGGCAGGUUGCUUGCUUCGUUUAUCAGGAGAGACAUAAGGCGGUUGAUCGUGCUGAGAAGACCGGCCACGAGUGCCGCACCGCCAUUUCUUUUUUCGUUACGUGUCUUGACAUUUCAAAAGUUUGCUGCCUGUGUUUGGAUUGGGUUUGCAAAUUGCCACACCCCGAUCCUGCUUGGCAGGGAGACGAUAAGUAACCGUGCACGCACGGUGCGGGCUGAUGCGGGGGAUGUGCCUGGACCAGGAGUGGUUUGCUUAGCUGCGUGGCGUACGUGCGUGGAGAUGGACGCGGGGGGUGAAGCGAACGAAAGUCUCUCAUGUUUUGAGAGCGAAAUGCGGACCGCUCAGGGUUAGAACCGCUCGGUUUGAGGCCUAGCUAGAUAGACGUUUUUAGUGGCCAGGGGCAAGACGUGCCGUGUGGCGUAUGUGGGAUGUGCUGGGCCUGAAGUGCAUAGGAGUUUGCAUGCACCGGGCAUGGCAGCGCAUAUGGAGAUGGCGGAA